CCAUUGUGCGGAGUGUCUCUGUGUUUUUUCCAAAAAAUUCGUGAAUUUCUGUGAAACGGUGAAAGAAAUUCGUCGUGUUAACACCUCAAGGAUAAUUUAUUGUGUUCAACACCUACAUCGGUGGUGCGUACGGUGAAGUGUUUUUUGGCAGUGCAGUGCCGCUUAAAAGCGAUGUGUAAACUUCGGCUAUCAUUGACUCUUGUCCUGGCAGGGCUGUUGCCCUUCUGGGGUGUGCUCGCGGCCGACGACACCGUCGGCCCGAUAUUCCUACGGGAACCGCCGAACCGCAUCGAUUUCUCCAAUUCCACGGGAUCCGUCGUUGAGUGCAAGGCCAGGGGUAACCCACCACCGGAAAUCAUCUGGGUCCGAUCCGAUGGAACCGCAGUAGGAGAUGUCCCCGGCUUAAGACAAAUUCUCGCCAACGGAAAUCUCGUUUUUCCGCCGUUCCGCGCUGAAGACUAUCGCCAAGAAGUCCACGCCCAGGUCUACUCUUGUCUCGCUAAGAAUACCGUGGGCACUAUUCAUUCUAGGGAUGUUAACGUUCGCGCAGUUGUCCAACAAUUUUAUCAAGCCCGGGUCAUCGACGAGUUUGUCUUGCGUGGAAAUACGGCGAUUCUAAAGUGUUUAGUACCUAGUUUUGUGUCCGAUUUUGUCGAAAUCGAAGCUUGGAUUACGGACGAUGGAAAAACGUUCAAACACCAUAAAGAUAUUUCGAACGAGGAUAGUAAAUAUUUGGUACUUCCAUCUGGUGAAUUACAUAUCAAGGACGUUGGACCAGAAGACGGAUACAAAUCUUACCAAUGCCGCACGAAACAUCGUUUGACUGGUGAAACAAGAUUGAGCGCGACGAAAGGACGAUUGGUCAUCACUGAACCGACGAACAACGUCGCCCCGAAAAAAGACACUGAGAACUUCAAAGGGUGGAAAGUCGUGGACGUUCCUAUUAAGCACGUUGCCUGGUUAACUUGUCAAGUAACAGGUUAUCCCGUUCCGAAAUUUUCAUGGUACAAAUUCGUUGAAGGAACCAACAGGAAACAAGUUAUCCAAUUGAACGACAGGAUUCAUCAGGUAGCCGGCACAUUGAUCAUAAAAGAAGCUUUAGUUGAAGAUUCCGGGAAAUAUUUGUGCGUGGUCAACAACUCUGUUGGUGGAGAAAGCGUUGAAACCGUUCUGACUGUCACUGCACCAUUAAAAGCUAACGUUGAUCCACCUGUUCAAACUAUUGAUUUUGGUAGACCUGCUGUCUUCACUUGCAACUUCGAAGGUAAUCCAAUAAAGACAAUCAGUUGGCUUAAGGAUGGCCACCCAUUAGACCAUACCGAAUCAGUCCUUCGUAUUGAAUCCGUCCGCAAAGAAGAUAAAGGCAUGUACCAAUGUUUUAUUAGAAAUGAUCAAGAGAGUGCAGAAGCCAGCGCUGAACUUAAAUUGGGAGGCCGUUUCGACCCACCUUUCAUCCGUCAAUCAUUCGCUGAGGAAGUACUUGAACCGGGAGCGUCCGUUUUCUUAAAAUGCGUAGCUGGAGGAACUCCUACCCCUGAAAUCACUUGGGAACUCGACGGGCGAAGACUUUCGAAUAACGACAGAUACCAAAUUGGGCAAUACAUCAAAGCUGAAGGCGACGUUGUUUCUGUUCUCAACAUCUCUGCAAUUCAUACCAACGAUGGUGGUUUAUACAGAUGCAUCGCUAGUAGCAAGGUUGGAUCCGUUGAACACGCUGCUAGAAUUAAUGUUAAGGGACACCCUCACGUUAGAGCUAUGGAAAAACAGACCAUUGUUGCUGGUGGUACUUUGGUUGUGCAUUGUCCUGUUGCUGGGUAUCCUAUUGAAUCAAUUAUUUGGGAAAGAGAUGGCCGUGUUUUACCAAUCAAUAGAAAACAGAAAGUCUUCACCAGUAACGGAACUUUGAUUAUUGUUGAUGUCGAAAGAGGAUCUGACCAAGCAUCUUAUACUUGCGUUGCCAAAAGCCCACAAGGAUUCACUGAUAGAAAUACCGUUGAAGUCCAAGUCAUGGUUCUUCCCAGAAUCGCUCCUUUUGCUUUCGAAGAAAAUCCGAGUGAAAUUGGACAAUACGCUUCGAUAACAUGUGCUGUUUCACAUGGAGAUUUACCAUUGAAAAUAACUUGGAAAGUUAAUGGAAUAAACGUUGAAGAGCUUUCAGGAAUUUUGAUCACUCCAAUCGGAAAACGAAGCAGUUCUUUAACAGUUGAUUCUUUGCUCUAUAGCGACGCUGGAAAUUAUACUUGUCACGCUGAAAAUCGAGCCGGUUUUUCCGAAUAUACUACGAUUUUAGAGGUUAACGUACCACCAAGGUGGAUUUUGGAACCAACUGAUAGAGCUUUUGCUCAAGGUUCUGACGCCGCUAUUGAAUGUAAAGCCGAUGGUUUCCCAAAACCCUCCGUAACAUGGAAAAAAGCAACUGGCGGCCAACCUGGUGAUUACACUGAUUUUAAGCCGAAUAACCCAGAUAUUCGCGUUGAAGACGGUACUUUAAUGAUCAAUAACAUUCAAAAGAAAAAUGAAGGAUAUUAUUUAUGCGAAGCCGUAAAUGGAAUUGGAUCUGGUUUAUCUGCAGUUGUUCUUAUUAGCGUUCAAGCCCCACCACAAUUUGACGUAAAACUCCGCAACCAAACAUCAAGACGAGGUGACCCAGCCGUGCUUCAAUGCGAAGCUAAAGGAGAAAAACCAAUUGGUAUCUUAUGGAACAUCAACCACAAGCGUUUAGAUUCAAAAGGAGACCGAAGAUACACGAUCCGCGAAGAGAUUUUACCAACCGGCGUUUUAUCUGAUUUAAGCAUUAAUGGAACCGAAAGAUCUGAUAGUGCUGUUUUCACUUGUGUAGCCAAUAACGCAUUUGGAAGUGAUGAUACAAGCAUUAACUUAAUUGUACAAGAAGUUCCUGAAGUACCAUAUGGCUUAAAAGUUCUCGACAAAUCUGGUAGAUCCGUUCAAUUAGCUUGGGCAGCACCAUACGAUGGAAAUUCUCAAAUCACCGAAUACCAAGUAGAAUAUAAACCAAGCAAAGCUUCUUGGGAUGUCAUGGAACGAUUAUUGGUACCUGGAGAUACCACCGAAGCCGGAGUAACCAACUUAAAACCUGCAACUACUUAUCAUAUCAGAAUUGUUGCCGAAAACACUUUGGGAAGAAGCGGCCCAUCAGACACUGUUACAAUUAUUACAGCUGAAGAAACGCCCAGUGGUGUACCAACCAACAUUCGUGUUGAAGCUAAUGACCAACGCUCUUUAAAAAUUUUCUGGAAACCACCAGAACGUUCUGAAUGGAAUGGUGACCUCCUUGGAUAUUACGUUGGAAUCAAACAAUCUUCAACAGACAAAUAUGUUUUUAAGACCGUUGAAUUUAACAAAGAAGAUAAAGAACAUCAAUUCCUUAUUUCCGACUUGAAAACCUACACUCAAUACUCAGUCGUUGUCCAAGCUUUUAACAGAAUUGGUUCAGGACCAGUUAGCGAAGCAGUCAAAGCUUACACAGCUGAAGGAGCACCGGAACAACCACCACACGAUACAGUUUGUACCACCUUAACAGCCCAAACAAUUCGCGUUUCAUGGAUGUCCCCUACUUUGGAUUCUGCUAACGGUGUUAUUAAAGGUUACAAAGUUAUUUAUGGUCCAUCUGAUACUUGGUAUGCCGAAAACACCAAAGAUACCAAAAUUACUGCAUCAAGCGAAACUAUUCUUCAUGGUCUCAAAAAGUACACUAACUACAGCAUGGAAGUUUUGGCCUAUACUUCUGGAGGAGACGGAGUUCGUAGCGGAUUAAUUCAUUGCCAAACUGACCAAGAUGCACCUGAAGCACCAAGCGCUUUAAAAGCUCUCGUAAUGUCAUCUGAUUCAAUUCUUGUAAGCUGGAAACCACCAACUGAACCCAACGGAAUCAUCCAACAAUACACCGUUUAUGUACAAGAAGAAGGAAGCGGCUCUGACAAAGUAAAAACGCAAAAAAUUGUUCCUCAUCCGAAACACCAAAAUUUGAAUUAUCAAGCCAAGGGAUUAAAUAGCAUUUUGAAAUAUCAAUUCUGGGUUACUGCAUCGACAAGCAUCGCUGAAGGACAACCAUCAAAGAAAAUUACUGUUUCUCCAAGCUCAAAUGUUCCCGCAAAGAUUGCUUCAUUCGACGAUACAUUCACAACAAUUUACAAAGAAGAUAUGACUCUUCCAUGUUUAUCUGUUGGAAUUCCCGCUCCAAUAAUCACCUGGAAAAUCAAUGGAGUCACUUUCACAUCAAACGAUCGCAUCAGACAACAACAGGAUGGUUCUUUGUUUAUCAGAGAUGUUACACGGACGGAUGCCGGAGAAUAUUCUUGUCACGUUGAAAAUUCAUUUGGUCAAGAUUCUGUUUCCCAUCGAUUGUUGGUAAACGCCCCACCACACGCGCCUCAAGUAUUCUUACCGACUGCUACCACCGAUUCUUUGACCGUUAAACUAAAAGCGCAAGCGACUGAAGUCGAACCAAUCCAUGGAUACUCGAUUCAUUAUAAACCGGAAUUUGGAAGUUGGGAAACUGUGCAAGUACCGGCUAGCACUGAAACGUACACUCUUACUAAAUUGCUUUGUGGAACUCGUUAUCAAGUUUUUGUAACCGCCUACAACAGCAUUGGAAUGGGUGAUCCUUCGCCAACCAUGAAUACCAGGACUAAAGGAGAUAAACCAAUCGUUCCGAGCGCUGAAAAAUUCAUUGAAGUUUUAUCUAUGAGUAUUACUCUUCGUAUGAAAGAAUGGUCUGAUGGUGGAUGCCCAAUGUUAUAUUCCGUCGUGGAAACUAGAAAGAAGACUACCAACGAAUGGAUUCAAGUAUCUAACAAUGUUAAAUCUGAUGGGGACUUUGUCGUUUUGGACUUGGACGCAGCCACAUGGUACAAUAUUCGUGUUACAGCCCACAACAACGCUGGAUUUACCGUUGGAGAAUAUGAAUUUGCUACUCUUACUCCCGCUGGAGGAACCAUCGCUCCGAUCAGGGAAACUCCCGACGUCAGGAUCUUAUUCCAAUGGCUUCCCGAAUGGGUCGAUCUUAACAUUGCUGUACCAAUCUGCGCAACAAUUAUUGUUAUUUUGGUCGGAGUUGUUGUUAUUUGCGUUGCAUUAACCAGGCGCAAUCAAGGCCCUACUCAAACUAGACUGCGUAGUGACUAUGACGUCGUUUACAACCAAUCGGUUAAUGCAACAUCUACUUUGGAUAAACGUCGCCCAGAUCUUCGUGAUGAACUUGGCUACAUCGCCCCACCCAAUAGGAAACUUCCCCCGGUUCCAGGAUCUAACUACAACACUUGCGACCGUAUCAAGCGAGGUACCAUAAGUGUAGGCAACCAUUAUCGAUCUCAUUCGACUUGGGACCCCAGGAGACACCUUUAUGAGGAACUGAAUAGCAGACGUGGUUCCAAUGACACUAUCCAUACCCAUCGAGGUAAACAGCACAGAUGCAUGGACGACGAAAUUUGCCCCUACGCUACUUUCCAUCUUCUUGGAUUCCGCGAAGAAAUGGACCCUACUAAAGCCAUGCAAUUCCAAACAUUCCCUCAUCCACAUACCGGCACAAUGGGACCUUCUGGAAUGAACACUCCUCAUCAAAUGCACUCAAGAGCUGGUUCUCAAUCAAUGCCAAGACAAAAUAGACGUUAUGAUAGAGUUGGAUCUCAAGGAAAUGGAAGUAUUUAUUCUCCUGGACCUGAAUAUGAUGAUCCAGCAAAUUGCGCACCAGAAGAUGAACAAUAUGGCUCUCAAUAUGGUGGAUAUAAUAACCCUUACGAUCAAUAUGGAAGUCGUGGAUCAAUCGGACGUCGUUCUUUGGGUUCUUUGAGAGUACAACAGCAAGCCAACAACAGUCCCGAACCGCCACCACCACCACCACGUAACCACGACCCAUCAUUCAACGACUCGAAAGAUAGUAAUGAGAUUUCUGAAGCCGAAUGCGAUAGAGAUCAAUUGAUAAAUACGAAUAGUUAUGGUGUAAUGAGAAAUAGCUCCAAGGAUGGCAUGAACCACGAGGAAAUGAGAAAACUGCUUGAGAGGAAGUCAAACGAAACAGGGCAAGCCAACGGCGGACUCACAGCCUACGAUACUGUGGCAGUGUAAUUUGUAAAUUACAAGAAGAAAUUUACAUUAAUUUAUCCGAUUUUUCGUUAACUUUUUAUUUUUGUGUUAUUAACAUUUUUUUUAACAGCUUG